AUGCGAUGUGAGUUUAUUUAUUUUUCGUUUAUAUAGUUUUCCGUUUAUGAUAUCGUAUCCCAAAAUAUCCCUUUAUAGCAAUUGUGUUUUUCCUCGCUGUAACUGCGAGUUGUGGGUUAGCUGGAGAGUUGGGCACAGAACCGUUGAACAUCAACAAAUCUGAUGAUGCCAAGGAAAAGAGCUACAAACUUUAUGUCGGGGAACAGGAAUACGUAAGUUGGAAAUAGGUGGACGACCCUAAGGCGACAUUAUUUUUUUUCAGCGUCUGCCUUUCAAGACCAGACUCAGCGAGCCGUUCAAGGAAGGCCAGACCAUCCAUGCCGUUGGCAGAAUUUCCAAAGAUCCCCAGAGGUGACAACUCAUUAAUAUGCUGACCUAAUAAUUGCAGAAUUGACUUCAACUUCCACAGAGGACCUGCUAAGGAUGCCGUCAUGCCUCUGCAUUUGAGUAUCAGAUUCGACGAGGGUCUAUUCUCCGGCAAGAUUGUUUACAACACGUUCAAAGACGGUAACUGGAGUGAGAAGGAGGAGAGAAUCUCUUCUCCAUACAAAGCUGAGGAGGUAUUUGACAUUCGUGUUCGCAUUAUUGGAGGCAAGUACAAGGUAUACGGUAACAGAAAGGAGAUCGGAACCUUCGAUCAAAGAGAGACUCUGGAAGGUGUCGACCAUGUUUCCAUCAACGGAGAUCUCGAUUCUCUUCGUGUCUUCCACUGUAAGUCAUCGCUGAGAUUGAUAUACAAUAAAUUACUGCUUCAGAUGGUGGUACCGUUUUCCCCAAUCCUUACACUGCUGUCGCCAAGGUCGGAGUUGGCAAAAGACUUGACGUUUCGGGAAUGCCCACAGGCAAGAAGUUCAACGUAAACCUCUACAGAGCCAAUAUGGAGUAUGCCCUGCAAUUGUCUAUCCGUUACAAUGAGGGAGUCAUUGUAAGAAAUGCCAUGGUUAACAAUGAAUGGGGCAAGGAGGAGAGAGAAGGAGGAUUUCCACUGAGCAAGAACGAAAUGUAAGCACUCUGGGGUGAUGACUAUAAUGUGUGAUUUAUUUGCAGCUUCGACUUGACCAUCAUCAAUGAAAACUACAGCUUCCAAAUCUUCAUCAACGGCAAGCGAUUCACCACUUUCGCUCACCGUGGAGCCCCCAAUGAUGUCGAGACUCUCGAGAUCGAAGGCAAUGUUGAGCUGCAGACUGUCACGAUAAACGACGCCGUCCCAAAGUAAAAGAGUUUAUAGCUUUCGUUAUAUGAUUUUCGCAAAUCUUCAAUAUUUUUUACGUGAUAAAUAAGAUGACGCACUAGUAAAUUAAAUUUUGUUGUUAGCCGGUGGCUGGAAACGCGGAACUUUACUUCCAAAAAUUAAAAGUGGUAGACUGAACGCGCCGUGCAAAAAGAAUUGUAAAAAGGAUCGCAAAGAAAGCGAAACGCACAGUGCAAAAAUCCGUGCACUUUAUGAAAAUGCUAAUAAGUAGUCGUGCCAUAAGGUUGGUAGAUUUUUUUUUCGGCAGCGUCGCGGGGUGAGCUCGCAGAAAAGUGCGUGCAAAAUGGGAAGUCGCAGUGGCGCGGGGAAAACCGCACAGUGCAAAUUCUACGGACUUUAUGGCGCGGCGUAUAAUUAAAGAUGAUUAAAUGUCCCAUCUAAACAAAAUAACCGGUUAUUACUGAACUGUUUUGGUUUUAUAGAGAAGAAGAUGAUUAAUCAUUUUUAGACAGUUUUCCAUCACUAACACUUUCUCUCCCGAAGAGCUUGACGAACAUAUGCACUACUGA